AGAGCCCGCCGGCCCCUGCUGCCCGCGGCCUCUCUUGCAACGCCGGGCUUCUGUGAGCCGCCCAGGACCAUCGCGAUGGGAACCUGGGGCCUGGCGGGGAUGGCGCUUUGCAGCUUGGCCGCUGUUGUGACUGUAGUUUCAGCUGAUGAAGACUGCAAAUGGUUCAUAGACAGGAAUGGCUCAUGGCACCCUGGCUUCGACUGCCCCUUCUUCUGCUGUGGUGACUGCUACAAUCGCUUCUGCUGCUACGACCCAAGGAAAAUCAUCACUGAGCGGCAGCAAAAGCACUGCAUGGCAUUCAGUCCCAAAACUAUUGCUGGCAUCGCUUCAGCUGCAAUACUCUUUGUGGCCAUCGUUGUCACCAUCGUCUGUUGCUUCCUGUGCUCCUGCUGCUACCUGUACCAACGACGGCAUCAUAGCCAGACGCCUGAUCAGGGCCAGGAGAUCCCCCUGUCUGGAUACCCUCCUCAGGCUCUAGGACCUUACCCGAUGGAUCCCAAAGCAGGGCCAGUACAAUUUCAGCCUGGCUAUGCCCCAGUGGCUCCUUAUCCCUGUGAAGUUCCAACAGCACAGUACCCUUUGUACCCACCUGGGCCACCAUACUACCACCCUUCAGCUCCUCCACCCUACCUUCCCCCACAGCCUACACAGCCCUACACCUGAAGAACAACUUAACAGAGACCAUGCAACAAAAGCCUCCUGCCUUGGGCCUGCCAGAUCUCCACAGAGCUUGUGUGAAUCUCCUGUCACACUGGAACGUCUGACUUGUCCCCUGCCAUUUUCCUUAUCUAGUUGUCUUUUGCUCUGCAUGAUGGGAUGCAUUUUUUACUCUCCUCCUAUGUCCCCCUUCCUGACUGUAUAACUGAGGAAAGAUUUUGGUCCUCCCAUCUGAACUCAGAAAAGGGCUGAUGCAAACACAGCAAGACAGAGCUGAUAAAGAUAUUGUGCAUACUGAUUGAUCCUCAGUCAAAUGAUGGAGCCUCUUCUGUGUAUUGGAAGGCAAGCUCACGGCCUCUGGAUGGCAAAGGAGAGCAAAGGGGAACCGCUUUUCACCCAUUGGGACUUGGGUCCACUGUAUUCCCUGAUAAGUCCACAGGAUCAGUCCUAGGUAAAACUUUGUGUCUUAAGGAAGCUCUCAGCGCAAUCCUAAGUACACUUUCCUGGAGGUAAGCCCCAUUGACAAAACUUGAGUAGGAUUUGGAGAAGGCCUGCUUAGGUUUACUUUUUAUGUCUCUGGAGAGGUGAAUGUCAAGGACUCAAAUAUACAUACGCCCUGUGUGUACAUGGGGGCAAUUAUAGAUUAUUAAACUAAGUAUGUGCCACCUUAGACAGUGCCUAGAUGAGAGAUAGCUGUGGAGCCCAUGUAAGUUCUGAGCUGUCCACAGAAAGCUGUAUGUGAUACCUGGAAAGGAACUGGAAAGCUGCCUGUGAGUGACUCCUGAAAGAAAUGGGAGGGUGGUCUGAGGAGAGCAGGGAAGUUUCUUAGCGCAGGCAGGAGAAAUUGUAGGAUUUGAGGAGCAGGGGUCCCUUCUAUAUCCAUAAGCCAGAAGACAGAUUUUCAUGGGUGAUGCCUGUGGGGGAAAAUAAGGACAUACAUAGCUGCUCUGGAUAGGGCAUUAUUGAAUUUCUUUGACACCCUUUCCCAGAAGACACUGAAGCAUGCCUUUGAUCCUCUCUUGUGCUAUCUGGGCAACAUAUGAAUGUUGUUAACAAGGAGCCAGUCCUAAAUCAAAUAUAUAUUCUAGCCAGUGUAAGAUUCACAUUCAUGUUACAGACAAACUGAACAGAGACUCAUGUGUAAAAAGCACUGUUGAAACAUGAUUUCAAAUACAAGCUACACUGGACUUGUAGUAUCCGUUCUAUAGAGUGAUGUGAAGCUUGGCUAUUUGAAAAUAACAAGUAACUCAUCAGUGUCUGCAGAGGUGUGAGGUCUUGAUCUAAAAGACACCCAGCAUUCCUACUAUUCCGCACUGGCACAUGCUAAUUCUCUUUAAAGUAUUGGAACUGCUUAUUACAUAGUAUUACAUUGAGGCUGAACAAAGAAACCUGGCCAGAAGUUCUACUACUAAGGGGAAAAUGACAGGUUGAUUAACUGUAUGUGUCAAAUAUGAUUCUUGAGAAACAGAGUGGGGGCUUAUCAUAGGUGUAAGGAAGCUGAACAUUCAGCAUUGGUUAUAUUGGGGGGUAGAUUUUUACUUACUUCCACUGCAGAACCUGCUGUUGCACCCAGCAUUGUUUCUGGGGUCUUCUGGCCCUGAUAGCAGUACUGGGGGUGGGCCGGGUUGCAGUGGAAAUGGAGAGACAGAAAGGUUCCAUUUAUCUUAGUGAGCUCUGCUGGCGCUACUUUGGAUCCAAGUCAAUGAGUAAAAGGGAAAUAAAUCUCCUUUACCACCCACAUGCCACAGCUUUGGUGUCCCCCCCCCCAUCUGUAAUUGUCUCAGGUUCUAAGCACUGUUGCUUUUCCUUUUCCCAUGAAUUCCCCUUUGAGAGAGUCUGAGCCUCUGGCUGUGCUGGAAUGGAAGUAUUUUCAUAGAGACUUAGAUCUUGUCUGCGCCUCUGAUACACAAUUAGCAUCUGAUUAUUUUAAGUAUAGAUGACACAGAAGAGGGGGUGACAUUUCACAAGAGUCACUUUGGUCUUAUGUGUGAAUAUGCCCCAGGUCCCAUUGUGAGAGCUUCCCCACAUAUAAACAUGUGUUUCAUAAUGUUUAAAUGCCCGCUAUAGUCUAUACUCCCAUCUCUGGACUAAGGAAGAAUAGCUAAGUUGGAGUCUCUUGGUGUAUUUUGCCCAAACCCCUUCUUCCUGUUUGGUGAUUCUUAAAAGGUGGCUUCCAUCUCUUUUUACUGCAGCCAUAUUUCUUCCUGGUGCUUCCUGUAGCUUUGCCCGUAUUCUUGUUGUGUGAUUGUUGCCUUACUAGCAAAUGAAUCUGCUACUACAGUCUUAGCGUGUAAUAUGCCCCAAUCUCUGCUUCUCAGGACUGUGAUCUGUAUAAAAUCCACAUGGUUUUAAAACGUGCAUUCUUUACCCACUACAUUUUCUACUUGAAGCUGUGAGAGACUGCAUCCUUCUGUUCUUUUGCCUCCAUAAAUCAUAAAGGGCAAUAAACUAGAGCAUAUGAAUUAAGGAAAAGGUUAAAAUGCAAUUUAAAAAGCAAAUGGGAACAGACUAUGCUUCCACAUGGAGAUUAUUUCAUGCAUCAGCAGUGAGGAGCUACUGCUGUAAGGGGGGGGGGUAUCGAGACGUUAUAGCGCUCAACCAAUGCAUGAUUCAUCUAGCUCCUGUUCCCCUCCCCAUCUUUACUCUGGAGGAAAUAUAAACCUAAUUUUUAUCAAGAAUAAAGGGGAAACUGCAGGGUAGCUGUAGCUGGUAUGCCCAUAGGGAUGCUCUCCCAAAGCUCUUUUACGAGGAGCUAAGUGGAGUGGUAAAUGCUUCCUUGGGAGAGGGAAUUGUGCUGCCUGUCUUCAAGGAGGCAAUAAUUAGACUUGUUUUGAAAAAAGCUCUCCCUGAGCCCUUCUAUGCUGGAAGACUUCCAGCAGUUUCCGAUCUUGCAUUCUUUAAUGGGCUAGAGCAGGUGGUUGUGGGAAGGGCCAGUGCACGUGCAACAGUAAGGAGUAGAGGAGAGAAGCAAUGGUGGGAUAGCUGCAGAGCAAGUGGCACACUGUGGGCAUGUGGACACCGUUCCUGCCCAUUCCUACUCCACUUGCUGCUGCUAUGGCAGGGAUGUGGUUUUGUACUCUACCUGGAAGCAGUCUAUGACUGACAGAAGAAAAAGAAGGGACAGAGUACUCAGGGAAAGAAGAAAAAUCCUCAGGGAAAGAAAGCAAAAGUACAUCUGAGCUUCAAAAACAGCCAAAUGGAAUUAAUACUAACGGCAUUAGCAACAAUAUAAGGUGACAUCGUCUUAAAUUUUGUAGUGUCCAGUCUGUGGAAGUUGCUGGGGGGGGGGGUGGAGAAGACACAGCAAAACGUACCCCACCUGUGUAAGAAUGAUAGCCUUUGGAUCAGGUUGUAUGAUGAACUGAAUCUGUAUUUAAAUUCCUUAAAGUAGAAUAAGGCAACAGAAUGAAAGCCCAAGGAGAAAGGUAUAGUGCAACAGAGGCACAAGGCACCAUCUAAGGCACAAAGGCAAUCAUUGCACAAAAAUGUGUGACUUGUCUGCAGUCAGGCUCCUUUAUAAGACAAUAUUCAAGCAGUGUGAUAGUGCCUCAUGAGCUCACAGCUUUUAGCAAUUUAGAAAAUCAAUGGAUCCAUUGUGAAGGGGAGCAACGCACGCUGCAUACUGCUGCUGUUGUGGCAAUAUUGUUAUUUCAAAUGGAGCAGACAUUGCAGACCCAGCCUGUGGAUUUGUUAUGGAAUCUAUUAGAAAAUGCCUCUGGGUCUGCUACGCCUUCAGCACUUUGAUGUCUGCCCAGUGCUGCUAGGCAGUGAACAUCAAUUUUACAGCAGGAGGGAUUAAUAGCCUAAUACUCCUAGCCUGAACCUUGUUCUGUGUGGGGAUGGCCCUGAUCUAUGGCAGCAGCGGAAGUUACCACUGCUAACUCAUGUUGUAGUCAGAAUGACAUAUUUGCAUCAUCAAAUGUUUGCUAAAAUGUGGACUAAACUU